AUGCUGUCAUCACCCUGGCAUGAACGGAAUACAAAAUUGGUCGGCUCCUUGGAUUCUGAUAAUAUGGUGAUCUAUUUUAUCUUCCACAAUGCUCACUAUGUACCAAUGAAGGAGAAAUCUGAUCCAGUUAGGCCUCGAUGCAUAGACAGCACCGCAUCGAUAGCGGAGACGGAACUGUCUCAUUAUAAGCAGCAUGUUCAGGUCUGUUGCUGCUUGUGUCCCGUCACCCAUUCUCACUAUCUCGUCACUAAUGGUUUCAAAAUGAUGCCUCACAGAGACUCUGACGGCGAAGACUUCGAAGCUGAGCUCAAUGCAGUCAGCGAUGCUGAAGAUUCAGACUCUGAAGGCUUGAGUGAUGAUGAUCUGGGAACGUUGAGGGCAGUCCUAACUGUUCCUCAGCCUGAUGCACCAAUGCACAAAGUUCGCAAGGCUCUUGAAACUGCUCAACAAGCUUACAAUACGCUACGAAUAGAGUUUCAAGCUCUUAAAAAGGACUACUUCACUCUUUCGGCCACUGUUCCCGCCCACAGCCGCAACCGCACUCUCAAGAAGACGUCUGCACUCGAUACGAAGAUCACUUCCCAAGGGAAGAUCUAUGCGUUAUUCUAUCACUUUUGGGUCAUCCCUGGAGUAUUUCCGACGACUCCCCAGCCUGAUGUUGACCCAUGCAGUUCUUCGCGUUGGGCAUCUCCUGAGGCCAAGCUCGAUGGUUCUAUGGCCGAAUUGUACCAGUGUGUGCCCCAGGAUCUCCACAAGUCCAUGGAGAAGUACAUGGCCUUUGAUUCCUUGUUUCGUGCUGCAGUUAGCGCAGAGCGUUCAAACAUUGUACAUGCUAUCAAGAGUUGCGCAGGCAUUAUCUUUUCAGAUCUCAAGCUCGAUCCAUCGCUCUUUGCAUCUCAGACAGAUGUUAGAAAGCAGGACAACGAAGACCUCCUUGCAUUACUGAAACAAAACGGCAACGGAGAAUACAUUCGGCUGGCACCUGUCCUAUUCACGAGACCUGAUGUAAUGUCUGCUGAUGAGUUCCUCAAGGGUCCGGUCCUUGUCAAAAUCAUUCACGUCGAGAUAUUCGGGAAGAAGGUCCUGUCUGGGAAGAUCAAAGGUCAGAAGGCCAGGGGCCAGCGUUGCAAUGCGCAGUGUGUAACCGAAGGGUUGAUUGCAGGUGCCACUGUUAUGGCACAUUUUUUGUUGACGCACGAUCCUGAAUUCACAGCGACGGGUGCCGAGACCAAGAUCAAUUACCAAGCCGACUAUGAUUUCUACCUAGAGCGCUUAUUCAAGCGCACACCAUGGGCCUGUAGCGUCAUGAACUUCUUCAAUAAGGAAGUCUUCAACAUCACCAGCCCGUCUCAUGCACCAGCCUCUGAUGACUCUUAUACCAUCCCUCAACCUCGCACAUGGGAGGACGACCUUCUCGAUGAACUCGAUGCUCCUAUAAUCACUCAGCUGCAACUUGGUGUUAGUCGGUUGUCACUGGGUAACCAUGAGCCGCCUGUAUCAGGGACUCACAGCACGUCUUCUCGUCAAUUUCUACUCCCAGUUGCUGAGCCCCCCGUACCAGUGACUCACAGCGCAUCUUUUCCUCAAUCUCGACUCCCGGUUCCCGAGCCUUCUGUAUCAGUGUCAAUGACCCACAGCGCAUCUUCCUUUCAGGCUCAACUCCCAGUUCCCAAGCCACCUUUCAUGUCAGAGCCUGACAAGGCUACACAUGUCACUCACCAUGGCGGCACCAGAGUAGUUGCUCCUACCAAGGCCAGAAAGGGGAAGGGGAAGUGCUGA